CCGUUAUACCGCUAUCAUAAACAGUACAGUCGUAAUCAUAAAAUGCCACCUGGAUAUCGUCGACGUGCGCCACCGCCACCGCCAGUAUCACCUCCCGAAGCGGAUCCUUAUUCUGACAGCGAGGAAGAAUCUGUCGAUGAAGACGCUGGCGAAGCAGAAGAAGAGCUGGACGAAUUGGAAGAAGCCUUAGCUCCUGAUGAAGACGAGGAGGAAGUAGAUGAUGAUGACGAUGACGAUGGAUUAGGUUCACCAUUACCUUCCCCAACUCUCGCCAACAAUGCCCCACCUCCCAACUUCCGGGAAAUCUCAACAUUAGCAUCAUGGACUGUCUCUUCAUCUAAACCGGGCUGCAGCAUCCCUCAACUUCGCCACCCCUCUACAUCACUUUUCUGGCAAUCCGAUGGCCCACAACCUCACUAUCUCAACAUACAUUUCUUCAAGCUGGUGCGCAUCGUCGGACUCCGCCUCUUUCUUGACUUUGAAGCCGAUGAGAGUUAUACUCCGACACGCAUCGUGCUACUCGCCGGUAGCGGGAUGAACGACCUUGUCGAGUGGGGCGAGAUGCGAUUAGAGAAUCCGCGAGGGUGGAUCUGGGCCGAUUUUGAGGGAGUCCGAGAUCCCGAGAGUUCAUCAUCCGACUCCUCCGACUUUGAUUCGGACGAUGAAGAUGCCAUGGACCGCGAUGACGACAACAUCCUGUUCACCACAGCGCCCGCAUUCCCUACACAACCCCAAAAUGCAACUACAACCCCUCGCAACAUCGCCCCCGAACCUCGAGACUCAGACCAGCCAUCCUCCGACUUCGAAAACGCCGCACCCCCUCCCCCUCCUCAACCUAUCAUCCAGCAGCAAACACCCCUCCCACCCCCUCAAACAUUCACACCCGCGAACCCUACAACGACAGGCACAACUCUCACACCAGCAACAGCAACACAUACCCUCGCCCGCCCUUCUCCCCGUCAUCCAUUCACCCCGCUCCAUCCCACAACUUCGUCCCCACCUGCCCACGGCCGUCGUCGCCGAACCCGUCCCGUUAAACCUCCAAACCCACCGCUGCUACGCUGCCACCUUUUGCAGAUCAAGAUUCUAGAGAAUCAUCAGAAUGGCAAGGACACGCAUCUGAGGGGGCUGCAAGUGUUCGCGCUAGAUAAUGAGCGUGGUGGGGAGGCGGGGAACAGGAGGGGGAAGAGGGACACGGAUGUCAAUGUGAACGGCGAGAAGCGCGAGAGUAAGAAUGUGAGGGAAAAUGACGACGAGGAGGAGGAUGAUUAUGAGUUGGAUUUUGGAAGGAUAGGUGGUUCGGAGUUUGAGUGGGGUGGGGAACCUGUGCUGAGAUGA